AAUUCUAUGAACAGUUCACUGUCAAAAAAUAUUUUUUUAGUAUUUUGUUGAAAUAGUGCAUCACUCCAUUGUUGGCUUAGCAUCAUAAUAAGGUCGAACUCUAUUGCAGAUUCUCAUGGUUUGUUGCCUUUAUAUAUAGUGUUGGAAAUGAGUCACAUACAGUGAUAAAGGAUAGGAGGGACAGAAUGAGAGGGUGUGAUUACUCUAAAGGUUACACAGUGAUCAGAGCCAGACAGACAGCACUCGGCCCGUCACUAUUGAUCAAACACACUGUCAUUACUUGCUGGAGGUCAGCCUUGUGCUAUUUUUACCAGGCUGUGAUUUCGUUCUGUGUUUUUGUUCUCGUCACUUGCUGGAGUUGGUGUUUCAGCCCUCUGGGAGACGCCAGCGGACCACAGACAGCACAGACAGAGCUUCACCUGAUGGCACUGAGGGUUAUUUUGGUCCGGAUGCAUCACUGCUCUGCGUAUCCCAUGAUGCCGCUGGUCACCCGCUGUCAUUAGCACUCUGAGAUCCAGAGGGAACGGUCUCUGCUGUUCUAGAACAUCACGUACACACCUGACACACAGUGCAGAUUCAGCACUACCGGUCCAUGAGUUAUAGGAGCCUAACUUUUCAAUAUAUGUUAUGUGUGAGGUUCAGAGGAAGCACUCUGUCCAGGCAGGAGCAGUGCGCUCAGUUCAGUGACCGAGUCAACCAGCGAUCAGAGGAGGGCGACAUCGACCCCAUCUCACCAAUGCAGCUUCCAGAUUCCCAAUGGGAACGAGACUCGGCCACACCGGGGUCCCGGGAGCACGACCCGAGCCCUCAACAGGUCACCAAACGCCACCGGAAACUAUUAAAGACCAGCCCUGUGCUGAGACCCAACUCAUCAUCUCCAUCACGCGUCCAGGAGUCCCGUCGGCGGAUCAUACGGGACGUCUGCGGGAAAUACCGGAGUAAUAUUUCACGGACGAUAACGCCACAUCACGUCUCGCGGAUUUACGUGGAGGACCGACAUAAGCUUCUGUACUGCGAGGUGCCUAAAGCCGGAUGCUCCAACUGGAAGAGAAUCCUGAUGGUUUUAGCCGGCGUCGCCAACUCGACGCGAGAAAUCAAUCACGUGGCCGUUCAUUACGACAAUCACCUGAAACGCCUGGACAGCUUCGACCAUCAAGGCAUCACAAGUCGUUUAGAGACGUACACCAAAGUCCUCUUCGUCCGAGAGCCGAUGGAGCGACUGGUGUCUGCGUUCAGGGACAAAUUCGAGAGUCCUAAUUCCUACUACCAUCCCGUCUUCGGAAAGCCCAUCAUCUCCAAAUACAGGGUGAAUGCAUCGCAGACGGCUUUGAAGACGGGGAGCGGCGUGACCUUCCGAGAGUUCAUGCAUUAUCUUUUAGACGUGCAUCGUCCUGUGGGAAUGGACAUCCAUUGGGAAGCGGCCAACCAGCUUUGUAGCCCCUGCCAUCUUCACUACGACUUCAUCGGGAAAGUCGAGACCUUAGAAGAAGACGCCAACUUUCUUUUACGAAAGAUCGGUGCGCCGGAGAACCUGUCGUACCCCUCGUUCAAAGACGGGAACCCCAAAGCCGCCAGAACUUCCACUCAGAUCACACAGCAUUAUUUCUCGCAGCUGAACGCGUCUGAGCGCCAGCGGGCGUAUGACUUCUACUACAUGGACUACUUGAUGUUUAACUACUCCAAACCUUAUAAAGACCUGUACUGACGCUCGUGCUUUAACCCCUUGUUACCUGUCCGUCGUCUGAUCAGUGCUUCACAGACUAAUUACACUAAUCCAUAAUUACACAAUCUCAGCCAUCAAUAACCCGCAGCACAUCACUCAUUUACAUAAAUGCCUUUAAAAUGUGUCCUAACCAGAACAGAAUAAAUAUUCAUGUUAAUUUCAAAACUCACAGACAACUAUCAAAUGUUUAUUAUACAGAUACACUACCAUUAAGAGUUUGGGCUCAAAAAGAUUUUUUUUUAAUAUACGUUUAUUCAUAAAAAUUGAUUUUG